CUCUUCGGCACGCACGCCCUCCUGGGGAGCGGGCCGAGUUUGGUCUCCAGUUGGCAGAGUCUCUGCAGCCGAUCAACACUGGGCCGCUUACGAGCUGCGGGACCUCAGCAGUAAACCUUAUAAGCCUUUUCUGCUGACUUCUUAUUCUCGCCAAGAGGGCUACUUAAAGGAGGGUGAAGACAUGCUAAGCAUUGAAGACAUAAGGGGGAAUGUGACUGAUAAUUCAAAAGGAAAUGAAGAUAACCGUGAACGAUGCCAGUAUUCUCAGUUAGAUGAUGCCAACAGCAGGGACACUUGGAAAGAGGGGCUUUUCCAGCACUUUUAUCAAGAGAUUCAGAAAGAGCAUGCUCGUGAGAGGCCUUCAGAUUGCAUCAUUGUUUCUAUCGACAAAGAACAGAGGGAAUAUGCAACAGUCAUAGGUCAUCGGUUGCAGGAUCAUGGCCUUGUGGUGGAAAUGAUUCACCUUGCUUCUGAGUCGGAUAUCACUCGUGCACUCCAGGAAGUUAAACAUGAUGGCUCCCCAUUCUGUAUUCUUGUUGAACGGUGUAAUGUAAAACUCUCCUCUUGCACUGUAAUUUUGUUUCAACAGUCUAUCAAAAUCCACCGUCAUAUGCCCUUGGAGGAUGCACUCAUGCUGGUAGCUGAAGAAUUUAGGAGGAUUUUCACUCAAUGGGAGCAGCAAGAAUGUGCUGGAAUCUCUCAGAAGGCUGGCGGUCUGGUGGACGACUUCCUGGCACGGGAGCACCUUCCCAGCUACUCCGUGCCUUCAGGCAUUCGGUAUCUCUUCUUCCUGUUGAACGAGGGAAAGCAUUUGCACAGGGAUGAGUUGAACCUGAUCACAGAGUACCUGAAGACCAGGAAAGGACAAUUGGAAGACUUUGAGCCGCCAGGCCCUUUAGCUGGCAGUGAGCAUUCCUCACCUCCAGGCAGGAAGCCCCCCAUCGUGGGCAAGCCACCUCCACUUCUUCCAACCCCUGGCAAGAAAUGCUUCUCAGGCCCUGCUCCCCCAGCUCCUGUCAAGUCCUCCUUGUUAGGUGACAGGCCAGGAGCGGGUCUUCAUCCUCAACGAGGACUCGUCCAUCCCAAAGGGCUGCUUCCCCCUCCCCUGCUUCUAGCAGGUGGCUCCAAAAGACCUGCUCCUUUGGGAUACCCCCCUCCCAAGGCUGCCAAGCGUCCACUACUUGGGAAGAAACCGGGCCUCUUUGCCCCACCACCAGGUGAGGUGCCAGUUCUUGUGCAGUUGGUGCCUUUGCUGAACUAAGGAAAGCUCCGCCAUGCCCGGGAACAGCGUGGCUGCUGCCCAGGUAGCGGCUUCACCCUCCUCCAAGGCCUGAGGCCCCGUCCGGCCUGCAGCACUGAUGUCCAGACAGCAGACACCAGUGUCAUGUCCCUUGUGUCUGAUACAUGUCCCCACGGAAACUUUUUUCCUGUUUGGAGUCUUUGUGCCAAACUAGAUAUUUUUGAAAGGUUGUAGAUAUUGGACCCUUAGGUUGCUCAAUUAUAUGCAUAUUAAAAUACAAUAAAAUCUUCUAACUUUUA